ACGCUCUUUUACUACUCAUUCGACUCCCGCACGCUCGAUCGCGAUAAUCUAAUACCGUUUGCAAAGACUUCGGGUCGCAUUAUUUUUAUUACAUUGCUAGUAUAAAAGUUUCACAAUGAAACUAAAAAAAUAAAAAAAAAUUAUCACAAUGAACACUACAUUUAAAAAAUAAACAGUUCUUUAAAAUUGCUAAAUCCAACAUUAUAAAUGAUUAAACAAUUUAUAAAGCAAGAGAUAAAAAUGUAACAAAAAAAAUUGAGAUGAUAAUUUUUAAUUCACAAGUGAACAGUAAAAGAUGAUCUAUGAAAGUUGUCUUCCUUAAGGAAGUGAAUUUCGAUUUAGGACAGUGACAAAAUAAUAAUAAUAAUAAUAAUAAUAAUAAUAAUAAUAAUAAUAAUAAUAAUAAUAAGUAUGUGAGAUACAGGUUUUAUUCAGGGAUUUCAAAAUAUAAGAAUCCCCCAUAUUGACGUUAAUAUGUGAAUAUCUGAUAAGGACGUUUCGAUGGAUAUAGAGAUUUCCGACGUCAUUUUUUUCAUCCCUUCCCUAAUAGUGAAAAUUGCUCUACAAGUAGGUGACUCCCUACUUAAAGCAGCCCUCAAGUUCAAAGAAGCAAUAGUCGUUGAAGGAAACGAGUGUAUUAAAAGAAAUGCACCCUUCUCAUUCAUUAUUCAUAUACUUUUAAAUGAUAAAAGUAGAAAUUAUUCACGUGGCAAGUUUUUAAGAAACAAAUUCUUAUAUAAUAGAAUAUGUUCUCGUAACAAUAUAUUUAAUAUUAAAACUGCACAUUAUUAAUAUAAAUAGAGAUUGUGAAUUAUUCGAAAAUGGUUAAUUUUGAAACGUAUGAAUCAACUGUGGAAUGUGCAAAGGGGGGAUCAAACUUAUUGGUAAUGAUGAUAUGUUUUAGAUAAUCUUAUGCUACCGUGCAGAUGACAGCACUAAUUGUAAAACAAAAUUGUGUUGUAUUACAACAAAACGCAAUUGAUAAUAGGAAUUGCUAAUAAAUGGCCUACGAUGACAAUUCGUCACUUACAAUGUAUUGUCAUCAGCAACGAACAAUCAUUACAACAAAGAAAAAACACGGGGAAAUGACAAAGAAAUUUGGAUAAUUUGAAAAAAAGAAAAUAACAAUUAGAAAAAAGAGGAAAAAUGAAUUCGACAUUCGAGUCACAAUGCGUUGGUUGGUUGGACACCUUCCACACCAAAUAUAUAGCAAUUCAUGGCUGGGCCAGUUUCUUGGUUUGUGCAUUCGGCUCAAUUGCCAACGGCCUAAAUAUCGCGGUUCUAACCCGAAAGGAAAUGUGUUCUGCAACAAAUGCCAUCCUCACCGGUUUGGCAGUUGCUGAUUUAUUAGUGAUGUUAGAGUACAUCCCUUAUGCAAUACAUUCAUACCUAUAUUUCCGACCUCCCAAGAACACCUUCACUUAUGGAUGGACGGUUUUCGUCCUCUUUCAUGCCCUCUUUGCCCAAGUCUUCCACACAAUUUCCAUCUGGUUGACCGUCACUCUGGCGGUUUGGCGCUACAUUGCCGUGGCACAUCCUCAAAGAAAUCGGGAGUGGUGCAGCUAUCACCGAAGCAUCGUGGCAAUAGUGAGUGCCUAUCUGAUAUGUCCCCUAAUUUGUGUGCCCCUUUAUGUGACCACUAGCAUUCAAGAGAGAAGACAAUUGUUCGAUUCCGAUGGGCAAUAUGUUAAUAAUUCUCUUUACAACGAGACUACCCUUCCGGAAGGUAUCACGAAUGGAACAAUUUUUGUUGUAUCCCUCAGUGAUACCGCUAAGGUGCUGAACUUCUGGAUGUAUAGUGUGGUUAUUAAAUUGAUACCAUGUCUCGCGUUGACCAUCUUGAGUCUCAGGUUGAUUCUGGCUCUAAUGGAAGCGAAAAAAAGGAGGAAAAAACUCGCCGAAGCAACAAUGGUCAAGAGUGAAGAGGUGUCUGCAGAAUUUUGCAGUAGCAAAAAGAAAAAACGAAAAUCUUCGAGACUGAUGGACAAGGAGAAACAGACUGAUAGAACUACAAAGAUGCUAUUGGCUAUAUUACUCCUGUUUUUACUCACAGAAUUCCCUCAAGGAGUCCUGGGACUACUUAGCGUUAUUCUUGGGCCAAAGUUCUUUAAAAAAUGCUACAUAAACCUUGGUGAAGUGAUGGACAUACUGGCCCUGAUAAACUCAGCCAUCAAUUUCAUUCUUUAUUGCGCGAUGAGUCGACAAUUUAGGAUGACCUUUAAACAACUUUUCUGCAAAAGGAAACUUUUCGGCAGGUGGCUUCCAGUUCCAUUGCACGGUGAAAAUAAUGGAAAUACGGGGACCAAUCACACUGUGACCCAAGUUACUCAAGUCUAGCACAGGAGAGUUCGACAACCAUUUUGCUAUCCCCUUUAAAAAAAUUUCUUUCGAUGAGGACCUAACGAUCCAAUUUUUUUACUCAACAACCCUUCUAGCGACAUAUUUAUUAACCUUUUGAGAAAAAGUCGAUAUAAUUCCACCAAAUAAAGUGGCGAGAAAUAAAAGUCACCCUUCUUUACAUUUCUCAUUUUAUUCACUAAAUUAAGAAAAAAAUUAAUACAGUUAAUUAUUUUAAAAUAUUUUUAAAUCAACAAAUUUUCCUAAUUACACUGAAAAAAAUUUAUUUCAUUUAAAUAAUAGGUUACUUGACUAUUAUCAAAUAAAUAAUUACUUGAACCAAAUAAUUUUUAUUUCAAUUAAAUAAACUGUAUUUGGACCAAUAAUUUCUGUAUUUUAAACAAAUACCAUCUAAUUAGGUAACUCAAAUAAUAAUUAAAUAAAUAUUUAUUUGAUAUAGUCAAGUAACCGAUUUUUGAAUCAAAUACAUUUUUUUCAGUGUACAUACACAUAUAUUUUACAAUAAACAAAUAAAUCAAAAAUAAUUAUUUGACUUAUCCAAAAAAAGUAAAAUUUUUAAACAUUGUGAAAUUUAGAGAAUUUUGACUGAAUUCUACAGAAGUUAUAAAUUUAAAUAAUUUAUUAAAUUAUAAAUAUAAUAAUGAUAAUAUUAAUAACACAGACAAUAUUAAAACUGAAUAUAUAAGUAAUUUAACAUUUUGGUUGGUGAGUUAAUGAAUUCGAUCGCAUUAAAAGGAGACGUACCAUUUUUUAUAUAGAAUGAAAAAAAAAAUUCUUUAAAUGAUUCUACUCAUUCAGCUAAAAUCAAUUCAAUUUAUAUAUAAAAUCCACGAAAGCAAAAAAUAAUAUAAUAGUUAAACAAAUAAGCUCAUCGCUUAUGAUACAAUUAACAAUAGAAUAUGUAAUUAAAAUAUGAGAUUUAUUUGACUUAAUAAAAAGAAGGAACAAUAAAUAAGAAAUGAAAAGUAAUUUUUCAGGAACAAUAUUACAUUUUCACGAGUUCAUUUUAUUGUCACAAUUAAACUGAUUAACUCUUGCAACGAAAAUAUACAAAUAUACUUUGCUCAAGUCUCAUUGAGAACAAAGACAGAAAAAUAAAAUUUAAAAAGUGUGGAAUAAAAAAAAUUUUGGUACGUAUUACUAAAAUGAUAGCAAAUGGUUGUCGGACUUUGAAAAUUAUAUAUAAAUACUUUAUCAGAGUGGUUCUUAAAAUAGUCUCAAAUUUCAUAAACUUUGAGUAACAGAAAUUUUCAAAAUGAAAAAUUCUUUUAUUUUAAAAUCAAAAAAUUAUUAUACAUUUUAUUAAUAACUUUUUAAUUAUAACUUUAUCAUCAUUUUUAUAAUGUAAAAUAAAUUUAUUUUGACUAAUUAGGAAAAAUUUGUGUAAAAAUUGUGCGAAAGUAGAAAAUACUAGAAUUUUUGAGAUCCACUCUAAAACCUCCGUCAUGAAACUUUUAACUUAAUUUGAGCGCAUUCUUGAAUUUUAGAAGAAUUCAGUCUUCGCAGUAUAAAUAACAUAAAGCAGACCAAAAAUUUAACAUUUUAUACACAUCGAAAAAGAAGAGUUUUUCGUCGGAGAUGCGAAAACAUUUAUAUAUAUAUAUAUAUAUAUAUAUAUAUAUAUAUAUAUAUAUAUAUAUAUAUAUAUAUAUAUGUGUGUGUGUGUGUGUGUGUGUGUGUGUGUUAAAAAAUAUUUCAUUUAAAAAAUUCCCUUGUGAGAAUGAUAUCAAAGAGUUGCGAACGUUAAAUAAUUUACAUUCAACUUAUUGUAUUUUUUUUAAUAUUGUACUAUUGUCGAGAAUGUAUUUUUCACAUACAAAAGAUGUAUAUUUUUCAUUCCCUCCUAUCAAAAAAGAAAGAAGACUCAUUUUUUAUUAAAUUUUCCCUCGUUUUCUAUAUUAUUUCUGAGCUCAAAAAUAUUCAGAAAUAAAUAUUUUCCAUAGAUUUUUUUUUCUAUUAAAAUUCAAAAAUCUUAAAAACUGUUUCCUUGAGUAUUUGAUGCACAAAGAUUAUUCAUUUUUGAGUUUCAAAGUAAUGUAAAUUAUUAAUAAUAAUAAUAAUAAUAAUAAUAACAAUAAUGUUAUAAUUAUAGUAAUAAUAAAUAAUAAAAAUUGGAAGAAAAAUUAUAUAAAAGAAAUAUCUAAGAGGUGUAUAUCAGAUUGAUAUAAUAAUGUUAUAA